UUCACAUUCUUUUCUCCUCAGUUCUUUGUGAAACAAUGGUUUUAUGAAAAGCAAAGCUACGAGUGCACCUAAACAACGGAAUACUGCAAUAUUGAAGGAAAUGGGUAUUUUAAAUGUUCAGAAUCUCCUCAAACCAAACAUUCUUCAUUUUCUUAGUAAGCAUAUCAUAAUGGUUGAAAACACACCGAAAACUUUUGAUAUUGGUUAAAGGGCAUGUAUACUAGGCUAGAUAGAACACACCAACAACUUGUCAUGAAAAGUUUGUGUCACACGAACCAAAAUUUUCCCUUUAUAUAUAGCCAUGAUUUUUGGUUCGAUGCAGUUGACUCAACACAUCAAAACUCUCAUUGAUUUCAUUGAUCAUGGAAACUGGGAGAGAGGAUGAGAUUGUGGACAUGCCCAUGUCACCCCCAGUAGUUGGUUCAAAUAUUAACAAUGACUUUUGUCACCACAAAGAGUUCAUGUCUCAGACAUAUAUGCAGAAUAAGUACUCAGAGAUUGAUAUAGACACUGAAGAUUCCAACUUUGAUCAAAAUCGCCCCCUCCCCAUAUUUCUCAAGUUUGAAGAUGUGGAGUAUAAGGUGAGAAAUAGCCAAGCAGGCUCAGGUAACGUUGUGAAGUCAAUGAUGUCAAAGUUAACCACACACCUCACUGUGGAAGAAGAUAGAUACAAGAGAAUUUUGAAGGGCAUCACAGGAAGCAUAGGCCCUGGUGAAAUUCUUGCGUUGAUGGGUCCUUCUGGCAGUGGGAAGACAACCUUGUUGAGAGUUAUAGGAGGAAGACUGGUUGACAAUGUAAAGGGAAAAGUAACUUACAAUGAUGUUCGUUUCAAUCCAGCUCUCAAGAGGAGGAUUGGGUUUGUGACACAAGAAGAUGUGCUUUUCCCACAGUUAACAGUUGAAGAAACUUUAGUCUUCUCUGCACUUUUGAGGCUACCAGGCAGUAUGAGCAAGCAGCAAAAGUAUGCAAAAGUAGAUACCACCAUCAAGGAGCUAGGCCUAGAAAGAUGUCGCCACACAAAAAUAGCUGGAGGAUAUCUCAAAGGAAUAUCAGGAGGAGAAAGGAAGAGAACCUGCAUUGGCUCUGAAAUUCUUGUUGAUCCUUCACUAUUGCUACUUGAUGAGCCAACUUCUGGCCUUGAUUCCUCCUCAGCAAACAAACUCCUUCUCACUCUUCAAGGACUUGCCAAGGCUGGAAGGACCAUAAUCACAACAAUACACCAGCCAUCGAGUAGAAUCUUUCACAUGUUUGACAAACUACUUCUGAUAUCAGAAGGCUAUCCUGUUUACUAUGGAAAAGCUAAGGAAACAAUAGAGUACUUCUCAUUUUUGAGAUUCACCCCUCAAAUACCGAUGAAUCCUGCAGAGUUCUUGCUUGACUUGGCAACUGGACAAGUGAAUGACAUAAGUGUUCCACCAGAUAUCUUUCAAGAUCAAGAAUCUUCUGACCCUUCAAAAGUUGUUAUUGAAUAUUUACAGCUCAAAUACAAAUCUCUACUGGAGCCAAAAGAAAAAGAACAGAAUCAUAGAGUAGCAAGCACACCAGAACACCUUCAAUUAGCAAUUCAGGUUAAGAUGGAGUGGACAUCUAGUUGGUUGGACCAAUUUAUGAUUCUCUCCAGGAGAACAUAUAAAGCAAGAAGAAAGGAAUACUUUGAUAAGCUAAGACUAUUUCAAGCACUUGGGAUUGCACUUGUGUUGGGGCUCCUUUGGUGGAAAUCUUCAAUCAAUACUGAAGCUGGACUCAGAGAUCAGGUAAUUUCCAUGGCAUUAUUUAUCUCAUGUUGCAAUAUCAAACUUCUAUCACAACUUUUGUUGCAGGUUGGUUUAGCAUUCUACAUCUGUAUAUUCUGGACAUCUUCAUGCAUUUUUGCAGCAGUCUAUGUCUUUCCAUUUGAAGAGUACUACUUGGUCAAAGAAAAUAAAGCUGACAUGUACAGAUUAAGCGUAUACUAUGCAUGUAGCACUCUAUGUGACAUGGUGGCCACCGUUUUCUAUCCUACUUUUUUCAUGCUCAUCUUGUACUUCAUGGCUGGCUUUAACAGAGCUGUUGCUUCCUUCCUUUUGACACUAUUAACUAUUCUGUUAAUAGCUAUAACAAGUCAAGGGGCAGGUGAAAUGUUUGGAGCUGCAAUUAUGAGUGUUAAAAGAGCAGGUACCGCUGCUACUUUGCUACUAAUGUUAUUCCUUCUCACAGGUGGCUACUAUGUCCAGCACAUACCAAAGUUCAUGAGAUGGUUGAAGUAUUUAUCUUUCAUGUACUAUGGUUUUAGGCUUCUUCUGAAAGUGCAGUAUUCUGGAGAUCAGUUAUAUGAUUGUGGAAGCAUGGGAGGGUGCAGGACCCUGCAGAGUUCUCCAACAUUUGACAGUGUAAACUUGAAGGGUGGAUUGAAAGAAGUGUGGAUUCUGCUAGCUAUGGCAUUAAUCUUUCGGUUGUUGGCUUACUUGUGUCUUCGUGUAAGAAUUGUUGGUAGAAAAAACUAAUGUAUGAUGGAAUUCAUUGCUUGAAAUAUGUUACAAACUUACCACCAUAAAGAAGAAUGAAUAAUACA